GGAGCGUUUGGGUAAACCCGAAGUUAUUUGCCUGCUUGUUAUUAAACGGAAUGUAUACAGAUUAAAAUUAUUCCACCAUGUCCUUUAACGCUAUUGCACUGUCACGCUAAAGUUAGAGAGCAACAAAAAAAGUUUAGUCUUUUCCAAGAAGUUGAGCAAUGCGCCAAGGCCGAAUACGAACUCAUCCACUGACAACACAGAUGCUAGGUGAUGUUAUUUCAGCUAACUAUACGAUACUAUGAACCAGGAUUGUCACAUUAAAACAGAUACCCCCUGCAGGAUAGUACACCUGUGCCGCCGGCGCAGCGAUGGGGCUUUUGUCAUCCUGAAGGAGAUCCCAGUGGAGCAGAUGUCACGUGAUGAGCGCCUGGCAGCCCAGAAUGAGUGUCAGGUGCUAAAACUGCUCAACCACCCAAAUAUCAUCGAAUACUAUGAGAACUUCCUGGAGGAUAAGGCCCUCAUGAUAGCAAUGGAGUAUGCACCAGGUGGUACCCUGGCUGAUUACAUCCAGAAGCGCUGUAACUCUCUGCUGGAUGAAGACACCAUCCUUCACUUCUUUGUGCAGAUCUUGCUGGCCCUUUACCAUGUGCACAAUAAACUCAUUUUGCACAGGGACCUAAAGACUCAGAAUAUUCUGCUUGACAAGCACCAGAUGAUAGUUAAAAUUGGUGACUUUGGAAUCUCCAAAAUCCUCGUUAGCAAGAGCAAAGCUUACACGGUGGUUGGAACACCAUGCUAUAUCUCUCCAGAGCUGUGUGAGGGGAAACCCUAUAACCAGAAGAGCGACAUCUGGGCUCUAGGCUGUGUGCUCUAUGAACUAGCCAGCCUUAAGAGAGCCUUUGAAGCUGCUAAUCUACCUGCCCUGGUUCUGAAGAUCAUGAGUGGUACCUUUGCUCCAAUUUCGGAUAGAUACAGCCCCGAACUCCGACAGCUCAUCCUCAACAUGCUCAAUCUAGACCCAUCCAAACGGCCUCAGCUCAAUGAAAUAAUGGCUCUCCCCAUAUGCAUCAGACCACUACUUAAUCUCUACACCGAUAUAGGCAAUGUCAAAAUGCGCAGAAUUGAAAAGCCAUUGUCCACUCUACAGUCUGGUCAUGGUAGACCAGGAGGAAGAGUGCCAAGCAACAGAUCUAGAGAUGGAACAAUAGGUGUAGGAACAGGAAAAGUGCGUUCCCUUCCCCUGUCCUCGGUUUAUACAUGGGGCAGUGGCAUUUCAGCGCCUCUUCGUCUGCCCAUGCUCAACACAGAGGUGCUGCAGGUAUCCCUGGGACGUACUCAGAAGAUGGGGGUGACCAAGUCUGGCCGUCUUAUUACCUGGGAGGUUCCAUCAGUAGGUUCUGCUGAGCCCAGUCUGCCCGGUGUUGUGGAGCAAAUGCAACCUCUUUUCAUUUCCCGCUUCCUAGAGGGUCAGUCUGGCGUUACAAUCAAGUCUGUGUCCUGUGGUGAUCUCUUCACCACCUGCAUGACAGACAGGGGUAUUAUUAUGACGUUUGGCAGUGGAAGCAACGGCUGUCUUGGACAUGGUAAUUUCAAUGAUGUGACACAGCCCAAAAUAGUGGAGGCUCUGCUUGGCUACGAGUUGGUUCAGGUGUCGUGUGGUGCUUCUCAUGUACUGGCGGUUACCAAUGAGAGAGAAGUAUUUGCUUGGGGAAGAGGAGACAAUGGCCGCCUUGGGCUAGGCACCCAGGAAUCCCACAACUCACCCCAACAGGUUUGUGUGCCUGCCGAAUUUGAGGCCCAGAAGGUGCUGUGUGGGGUUGACUGCUCCAUGAUUAUUGGCACCAUGUAUGAUAUCCUGGCUUGUGGAAGCAACAGGUUCAACAAGCUUGGUCUGGACAAGAUAACUGCGGGAGAGGAGCCCAGCUCCUUGGAUCAGGUGGAAGAGGUCCAUUCUUUUUCUGCUGUCCAGUCAUCUCCUCUCAAUGUGGAAAAGAUAGUUUACAUUGACAUUGGAACCGCCCAUUCUGUAGCUGUUACAGAACGGGGCCAGUGUUUAACCUUUGGCAGUAAUCAGCAUGGGCAGAUUGGCUGUAGUUCUCGUCGCACUAGUCGUGUGCCCUACCUGGUACCAGGGCUCCAGGGGAUUACCAUGGCUGCCUGUGGGGAUGCCUUCUCUUUAGCUAUUGGAUCUGAGGGAGAUGUGUAUACCUGGGGAAAGGGAGCCCGUGGCCGCCUUGGAAGAAAAGAGGAGGACUCUGGGAUACCGAAGGCAGUGCAGCUCGACGAGAGCCACCCGUUCACAGUGACAUCAGUGGCUUGUUGUCAUGGCAACACUCUGCUGGCAGUGAAACCUUUGCUUGAGGAACCUGUCCCAAGAUGAUCCUGUUCUUAAGAGCACUGCACAUUCACUCAUUGGCUAUCAUGAAGUGAAGCCCUGCAAUGACGUAAUGUGAAGGACAGCUUCUGCUGACUAUCCCCUCCCAGAGGCCCAUCCGUGCUGCAGUUGAAAGAUUCCCUUUCAUGGUGCAGCUGUUGCCACAGAAAUUGACUUGUUCUUCCCCUCCAGUCAGCUUUCUAAGAAUAUAACCGUGUCUUUCUUUCUUUCGGAUUAUAGUGAUUCGAUAUGAAGGAGAAAUUGCAAAAAAAGGGUCAAAGUUUUUUAUUGACAAAGCAAAUAUUUUUCAAAAGCAGGUUAGUAUGUGGAACUUUCUAGUAAAACAUUACCACUGGAUUACACUCUCAGAAGUUGGUAGGGUGAGCCUGAUAGAAUAUAAACCCAGUUGGUUUGUUUGAAUGAUCUGAUUUCUAGUAAUCCAGUCGUGAAUGAGAUGGCACGGUGGUGUGAAAAAAUAAACAGCAAGUACCACGUUAGUGCUCUUAACUCAUUUGUCAAAGGAACUAACCAACCAGAUUCAAUAUGCAUGCAUUGUUGGUGUUCAUCUCGUGCUAAAUUGGAUUUGUCCGCACAUGUAUUGGUAGCAUAGAAUUUGCAUUCAAAGCGUUGAUUGUGUCUGUAAAUCAAACCUAGCAUGAAGGAUAUUGAUCUGUUGAUCAUCUCAAAGUUGAUGGUUCUGAAUUGAUUUUAAUAUAAUUUUAGUCUUGCAGAUUCCACAAUGUUAUUUAACCCCACAGAAAUCUGUGCCUGCUUUUGUGUGCAAACCAUAGCCUUUUUGUGACUGAAAGUUGCUGACCAAAGGAAGAUUUUUACACUGCCAGAAACAGGGUCCUUAAGAUACCAGCUAUGUCUGAAAUUGCUCCCCAUUUACUAUAUAUUGCACUAUAUUCACCUUCCUCCAUUUUGUCUGAGGGUCAGAAAUGCCCUCAAAAAUGUACACAAUGCAUCUGAAAAUGCAGUGUACACAGUGUACAUUUGUCCAAAUCAUGUACCCUAUGCUAAAAAUACUGUUAUACCUUGCCUCUUCUCCGCUCUGUUCAUGCACUUUUUUCACUGUCAAAUAUAGCAUGACAGGAUGAGAAGAAGCCGCGAAAGCAUGAUUCAGUUGUGUCCAAAACCUCCAUUUAUGUCUCACUAUAGAGUACCCAAUAGUGUUUCAUUUGUAGGUAAUCAUAUCUGUGUAAUGCUUUCGUUCAUUACCAUCUUUAUUGUCAUUGUCAUUUCCAUUUUCUGUCAUGCCAGUCCUUACCAAAAACUAUUGAGUAUUAAUGUGUUAGCAACCUACAUCCAAUUCAAAGGACAGAGUUGAGCACUGUAGGUGUUAUCUUUACUGAACACUUGAUACAGCAAUAAGCAUGUGAUAAUCAGGAACCCUGUGGGAUUUGGAGAGUUAAGUCUCAUGAAUUAAUGUCAUUUGUUGGGUGAGAUGACUGUCUUCAUCCCACCUUGGACAACAUCCAACCUGGAUGGAAGUUAGGAAACAGAAAAUUGACCUGGUUAUAACUGAUAAGUAUUGGAAAUUACCAAUUACUUUUAACUUAUCAAGAAAUCGUUCAAAAUCCAGAUUAAGAUUAACUUUUUUUCUGUAUAUUGUGUAAUUUGAUUUGUGUAUAUGUCAUGCUUAUAAAACUAUUAUUAUUCAAUAAAAGU